AUGGAAAUCUCCAGCUUCAAAGUACCGCGGCUAUCUGCGGAAGAAAGGACGGCGAAGAUCAACAGAUACCUCAAGAAGAGGAACAUGAGGAAUUUCGGGAAGAAGAUCAAGGUUUCCGCAUCACACCCUCCCAUCUUCCUGCCACCGACUCUCACCCGCAUUCCGCCCACCCCCUCCGGGAAACAGCUAACGUAAUGCUCUCAGUAUGCUUGCAGGAAAACUCUGGCAGACAGCCGCCCUCGCGUGAGGGGAAGAUUUGCCAAGAGUGAUGAAUUCGAAGAGACGACCGGACUAAGGUCUGGUCACCACGACGAUGAAGACGACGACGAUGUCUACUCCAUGUCAACUCAGACACAAGAGUUCAAGGUAAGAAGAGCAGUGGCAGAAACGAAGACCCACAGGUUGGUCAUCCACAGCGUUUGA